AGUGCGGCUGAGUAUAUAGCUCGCAGUUUGGUCCGUACUUUUUUCAUCAGCUCAUGUGUGUGGAUUUUGUAUAUUAUUUACUAGGAUCGUUUUGUGCACCCUAAGUGCAGUACCAUUAACAAAUAUUCUGGCUGCUGCAAACGGAAAUUACUCAUUCUUUUCCUGUAGUUUCUUUGCUCUUCUCUGUGGUUCAUGUGAAACUGAGUUGCUUAGCAUGUUUUAGUUUGUCCAAGGACUGAUGGUAAAUGGAGACGGUUUUUUCGGUGCCCACCUCUAUUUCCGUCACUGAAAGUGGCGUUACAAAUGCCGUCCACAUUGAUGUCAAUAUUGGGUCUAUUCAGUCGGGUUCUUCAAAAUAUCCACACCCAUCUUUGGGGAUUACCUGUCCAGAACAUGCUUCCAAUGUCUUGGACGACCUCACACCGUCCCUCUCUUUGACCACAAUAGCGCCUGGAAAUUCUUCAAAUCGUUUGUUGCCGUUCACAGAUGAUCUUGGUUUAUGCAUUAAACACUCUCCUGAUGUGUCACCCUUAGUCGAUGAUGAUGAAGAUGUACGUUCACUCCUAGCAGCAGCAGCCGCUGUUGCGGCUGCCGACUCCAGGGUUCAUCAAGGUUCACCGCCAGUUCGUUCUUCUUCUGGACUUAACACUCCACCUGAUUCAAGAAGUAGUCGACUUAUGGACACAAUCACUUGCAGACCAAUGUCAGUUGGUGUUUGCGAUCAAACUCAGGUCAUUCACUCAAUAGAUAGUGUUCCUAUGUUAGUUUCGAGUCAUAGUUUGUCAAGAACGCCCUAUGCACAUAGAGAUGACCCUCUCGCAAUCCUAAUCCCAACACACACAACACAGUCUGUGUCUACUAAUUAUUUGUUAUCCUCCAGUGUUUCCACUCCAUGCAGCUCUCCUCUAACAUUCCGAUCUCAUUCCCCUAUUCGGACACAUUUAGAUGGUAGACAUACGUCCGAUAUGCUUCACCAUAGUUUAUCCUGCGAAUCUCAUUCUAUCGAGAAUGAACGUACAAAUUCUCUCUCAUCAGUUUCUCACUUUCCCCCACCAAAUACACCGCCUGUGCAUAUGGACAAUUAUAUAAAUCGUCAAAAUCAUGACGAUCAGGUUUUUAAUUCAAAUCUUUUACUUCUGAAGGAUACAGUUCAUACUUCAUGUGUGUCACUAAGCUCUCCUAAAGUAGUUUCAGAAUGCAACUCAUCUGGCCAUACUACCAUAUCCUCGUGUUUAUCAAUCGGUGAACAUACCGCAACAACCGUACUUAGCCCUGUUGUUGUAUCAAAGGAGUAUACUGUCUGCUCAUCAGCGAAUGUAACAGAUGUAUCGGGUAAUCUUACAAAUAACUGGACAAAUACUACUACUUGUGAACCAAAUAUUCAGGCAGCAAAAGAAUGUGCAAUUACGGAUGAUAAUUUUGAUUCUGUAUCUAAAGCGACAGACGAAAAUUUAAUGGAUUUAGAACAAGUUAUUUCAUCACACUCAGCUUCAUUACCAGCUGUUGAUGAUGAGUACUUUUUAAAAACUUCCGACGAUUUUCAUGUUGAUACAGUAGUGAACAUUGACCUUAGAUGUAUUUCUCAUUCAGACAAAAUUCCUUCAACAGAUAGUGGCGAGUUAGCGUCUUCGAAAACAUCUGUCAUGUGUUCUGCCGAACCAGAUUUCCCGGAUGUUUACGUUGAUGUUUCUGACGUAAACGAUAAUGCUAAUUCUGUGAUCCUACCACACGAGUCACCAAUCAGUGUCAAAACAACAACAACAACUCAUUUCCCUGCAAAUACGAAACUUAUAUCUUCUGUAGUGGCGUCUGCUGAGAGUUCUAUUGACAUCAAGUGUGAAACAGAGAGUCAGAAAGAUGAUUGUUUUAUUCAGUCUGCUGAUGACGAUAAGAAGUUUAAGACAGCUAAAUCUGUGUCCCCUUUAGUAGAAGACUCCACAUUCAAAGAACCAUGUGAAACUGAAAGUUCUCCAAUUACCAAGGCUCCUAUAAUUUCGGAGUCACCAACAAAAGAUGAUGUUCAGACUAAGAUCAGUAAUGAAGAUCGAAAUUUACUCCUCACACUGGAGCACCAUAAUGAUAGUUUAGAAGAUCCAGUUGAACCCAGUGGGCAUUCUCCUUCUGUUCAUUCAUCCCAUAAAGAAGAUGAUGAAAAAAUAUAUAACGAUGCUGAUUAUGCGGCUGCUGCAGUUGCUGCUGUUGAUGAUGUGGUGUAUGCACUAGCUGGUAAUCGUAAACCUGAUCCAUCUUUAACUCUUGACCCGGCCUUAGAAGGCACAGGAACAGAUCGUCUAUAUAGUUUAAGCUUAGCUCCAGUUCAUAAUGAAUUCAAUAAUUCACAGAUGAAUACUUCUAAUUCCGACUUGUGCAACACAAGCUUUGUGAAUACUAACAAAAACUCAGAUCGCGUUCGCUUUCAUCACUCUCUGGUGGCCAACGAAUCUUCAGAUGGUGAAGUCUGUUCAGAGGAUCACUUAUCCAGAAGCUUGUCUAAUGCUUCUCCUAAUAACUGGAAUAAAACGGAUAUGAAGGGUGAAUUUUUAUGCUUAUCGUGCAACAAAGCGUUUUCACAAAAGGCUUUACUUCUGAAACAUCGAGUUAUGCAUGAAGAACCAAAACAUAUAUGUGACACUUGUGGUCGCAGCUUCGUACGAGAAGACAAGCUUAAACGUCAUGUUAUGUCUAUCCAUACAGCUGAAAAACCUCAUGUUUGUCAUAUAUGUAGUAAAGCUUUUUCCCGCAAAGAUAAACUUAAAGACCAUUUGAAACAUCAUGAUCGUGCAGCCAGGAAUUUUGAGUGUCAACAGUGUCAGCAACCUUUUGUUCAAAAGUCUGAUCUUAACAGACAUAUUCGUGGAGUACAUCAAGGUGAACCAGGGGUUGGGAUAAAUAUGGCAGUAAAACGGAAAGCACCAGGCUCUGCGCCAUUGCGUUUAUCUAAACGAAAAUCAAAGUCUACAACUGAUAGUUCUGAGUCUAACAAUAAUGAAACUAAAGUGGCAAUGUCAUCAGUGGAAAAUUCACAUAAUAUUACCACCAAUAUGGCUAUAAAUAGAUCACAUAAUGGAAAAUCUGUUAGUAGUGUGCGAAAAAGUGAUAGUACGGAAUCCGAUAUGAAAACAAAUAAUCAAAUAGCAUCGAUCACUAGUGGAACUACUGUUUUUACUCCAGUCUCAAUGAUUGCAACCACAACGUCGGCAUCAUCUGCAGUUAAUUUCACCCCUCUAACUGUUUCACUAACACCUACUGGUAUGACUCAAACAACUCAUCCGAUUUUUGCAGCUAAUGCUUCUGGUCUAAUGUUUCCUACAAUGACUGCUCAUCAUCACCAUCUUGUUCAACAACAUCAAGCAGCGACUGGAACUGUCAUGUUACCAAGUGUCAGUGUAGCUUCCGUAGCAGCAAUGCAUCCAUCAGGAAUUGCCUUACAACAGCAACAACAUCAACAGUUUUUUGCCAUGGCUGCUAUGCCAGCUCUUGCUCAGUCAAUUACGGUCACACAAUCAUCUAAUGGUGUUCAACAAGGUACUAAUGUUCAACCUGCACAGACUUCAAUUCAUUUUCAACCUGAAUUGAAAACAGUAGCCACACCUUCAGGUCCUAUGAUGGUAUUGACUCAUAUAGCUGCACCAAAUCAGUCUGGUCAAGCUCAUCCAUUGACUAGUCAAACAAUUUUCCCUCAAGUUGUUGGAUUUCAUGCCACUGCAGCUCAACAACAACAGCAACACCAACUUCAACAAUUACAACAACAACAAGCAGCAGUUGUUCAACAUCAACAACUUUUACAACAACAGCAGCAACAACAACAGGCUAACUAUGCAGUGGCAGCUGCUGCGGCUGCCGCUGCAGCUGGUACACAUUUAGUUGCAGUCUCUAAUCAUGGUAAUUGUAAUCAAUCAACUGUCAAUCAAACACAACAAUUCCAAUUACAACAACAACAACAGGCCGUGGCUUUGGCAGCCCAUCAACAAGCAGCGCAUAGUUUUCUUUUCCCUACUGCUGGGGUUAGUGGUAAUGUUAACUCGGCAGGUACUGUUGCAACACCUUCUGGUCCAACUACAUUCUUUUGUCAUCCACAAGAAGGAAUGGCUGCUGGUUUGUUUCUGGCUUCUUCAACUGAUCCAACUAGUUUUGCAUUAGCAGCUGCUGCUCAAGCGCAAGCACAAGCGGCUGCGGCAGCUGUUGCCGUUGUCCAACAACAACAACACCAGCAGCAGAGUAAUGUUAAUACUGUUAAUGCUCAGAACAAUUCUUCAAUUGCUGCUACACAAUUACAACUAGUAACAGGUUAUUCACAGGUGGCGACUGAUGCUCAACAAACUGUUGCACAACAACAACUACAACAUCAACAACUAUUAUUACAACAGCAACAACAUCAGCAGAGAUUAGCAGCAGUGGCAGCUGUAGCAGGAGUUUCACAAACUUCAUCAAUUGCUAAUCCACAUUCUGGGGUGUUGAUGUCGUCGAACACCACUGGAACUAUUAUCAAUGGUGCGAGUGUUGCUACUGCUGCUGGUGGUAGCGGUACACCAGCCACCUCUGUAAUUGUUAAUUCAGUUCAAGAGGAACAACUUAAUCGAGUUCAACAAUCCGCUCAUUUUUUAAUUGGACAACAAGAAACAACAGGAUCUAAUAGAACAGUGAAUAAUUAUCAACUAGCUGCAUUUACAAAUGCUGCAGCUGCAGCAUUAUAUCAUCAACAACAACAACAACAUCCAGGUUUCAUGCUUGCAGCGGCUGGAAAUACUGGCGUCACUAAUACUAAUGCAGCAAUUGUUUCCAGAGGAACAUCAGCAACUGUAGCAGCUAUGGCUUUACAUCAACAACAACAACAACAGUAUCAACAACAAGCAGGUCUUAUGGCGGCAGCAGCUUACCAUCAUCAACAACAAGUAGCUCAACAUCAGGCUUUACAACAACAACAGCAGCAGUAGUAAUAGUAGUGAUGAUGAGUUCAAAUGAAAAAAAGCUUAUAACAUUUUGACAUACUCAUGAAGUUAGUCAUCUAUGUAUGUAUAUUGUAUUUAACUAACUAUUAUUAUUGUAAUUUAUUCAAAUGUACUUUCUUGUUUUGUUUUUUUAUUAAAUUAAUAAUUUUCUCGUAUUUAUUGAAAUGCAUUUGUCAGUUAUUAUUAUUAUUUUUCAUUAUUAUUAUUAUUAUUAUUUCAUAUACUCUAGUAGUAAAGAGAUAUGUUGGUUGGUGAUUUAUUUUUCAUUUUCACCUAAUAUCCUUCAUAUAUAUAUAACGAUCUAAUUUGAUAUUCACCGUUGUAUUAUUUCCCCCUUUUUGUAUAAUUUUCUCUAACUUAUUUUCACAAUUUCUUGUAUAUAGAUAUAUAUGUUUCUGCGUAUACUCUAGACGUAGACUACACCCUAAUAAGUAAUCUUCUGACUGGUAAUGUUUUUUUUGUUGAUGAUAAUAAUAUUAGUUGGUGUGGUUUUUUUUAGAAUAUUUAUAUUCGUCUACGUGGUUGCCAAUAUAAAACACGUUUGACUACUAUUACUACUAAUCUAGCACACCGAUAUGUAAUUGUUUCUUUGCUUGAGACACUACCCUACUUAUUUCCUUCUCUACAACUUUUCUAUCUAUUGCAAUUGUUGUUAUUAUGUACCACCUUUUAAAUAAGAAUUGCUAAUAAUAUUUACUACAGUAAAUAAAAUACCUUUCUACUUUGGUUAUCUUCUCUUUUUUUGAUACUGAUGUUCAUCGUACGAACAGUUUCAGUGAUUAUUAUUAUUAUUAUUGUCGUUAUUAUUCACUAUUUGUACAUGAUUUUAUUCAAUCGAAUGCUUUAAUUGAUAGCAAACGGUCAGCUUUCUUCUUCAAAAAACAUCUUGUUAUUAUGCUUAGAUGUUUUUUAAGAUUUGUAAAUCUUUUAUCUUCCUAUCCGCCUUAUUAUACUUUAUUACGUCUAUCUUAUAUGACAAAUAUCAUUCAGCCUGUUUCCUUAUCCAUCUGGUGGUGGUGAGCGGGUUAGCCUGGAUAUUUGUGAUCGCGUUGUAUAUUCUGAGUUUGAGCAGUAUUCUCGUAGUCUAGAUUUUUGUAUUAUUCAAUUUUCUGUCUUUUCCAUAAUUGUUUUGUAUUUGUCUUUCUGUCUCCCUCUUUCAUGUAUAUAUAUAUGUUCACUUUCUUGACGUUUUCCUCAAAAGAAGUGCAAAAAUAGUGUUAAAUAAUGCAUAGCAAACUAUAUUCUACAAGAUGACAUCCAUUUUUUGAGGAGCUUGUAAAGAAAAUUCAUAAACGUAUCGUUCUAUGUUCCAUAAAAUAUUUGCUAGGCAGACAAGUUUGUGUGCAUGUUAUGCUGUUGCAUUUUUCUUUCUUGCUUUCUUUUGUCACCAUUAUUAUGCAUUGUAUUUCAUCUAAGUUAUAGAAUCAAUAAUAAUGAUAAUAAAUGUUUCUUUUUAAUGGCUAAUGUUCUAUUGCUCGUCUGAACCUUAUCUAGUCUUUACACUUGAUUUGCAUGCAUCUAUCUGUGCGUUAAUUGAUGUGUUUCUAUGUCAGUCCUCAGUGAAUAGAACAAUUUGUUUUCUUCUGUCCUGUGUCCUCAUCUUAUUUUUUUCUAACAAUUUGUAAAUGCAUAACAUAUAUAAUUAAGGAUUGUGAAAAAUUAAUAUUAUGUAUUUGUUAUCAUUAUCGUGAGUUAUUAUUAUUGCCUUAUUUUCUACAAAUGUUGGUAUUUUGUUUCUUCUCAUGUUUUCUUUUAUUGUUUCAAUAACGAUUAUGAUGAUCGUCAUGCGUCUAUUAAUGUAUAUAUACAUGACUAUAUAAGACAAUACAUCUACGUAUAGAUUCUUUUUUUAUUAAUUACCCUGUGUUAGUAUUGUU